GCGUGGAAGUAAGCCGGGCAGGCAAGGCAGGGCGGCCGAGAGCGAUGGCUCAGGGGAAGCGCAAGUUCCAGGCGCGCAAGGCGGGGAAGAAAGCGAACGCGGCGGCGGCGGCGGCCCGGGGGCCUCGCAAAGGAGGCCGCAUAAUUGCUCCCAAGAAGGCUCGGGUGAUCCAGCAGCAGAAACUGAAAAAGAACCUGGAGGUGGGCAUCCGUAAGAAGAUUGAGCACGAAGUGGUGAUGAAGGCCAGCGCUAAACUACCCAAGAAACUGAGUGUGCUGAAGGCCCCCAAAGUGGACACCACAAAAGAGCCAGGCCACUCCAGCAAGUCUUAGCUAUGUCCUGCAUACCUGAGUGGGUAGCAGAGAGCAGCCGUAUACGGCUGGACAACUGCACCCACGACACCCACCUUCUAGUCUUGGAUGAGCCUGCAGAUUAAUAAUGUAGCACCAUUUCAGUUGGUGGUGAAAGCUUCCCUUCACACGAGAAACCGGGUGGGCUGUUCUGUGGCUAGGUGAAGAGGUGGGCUUUGUUUUUCAGCUAUAUUGUAUGUAAUAUUGGUUCAAGCCCCAGCGUUUCCCCUGUUUUAUAUUUGGACUUGCCUCUCAUUAAUGACUUCAGUGGAAGCCAUUCUUUCAAAGCUAGCCUGGACUGGGUAGAGUUUGUAGGAGCGACUGGAGCUGUUGCCCAUUGCUGUUUCAGCAGCAUCAAGUUAUCAGAAUCAGACAAGGCACACUGUGUUCAUACGGGUCUACAGACAUGGCAUGUAUGGCACCUAUAUAACAUAUUGGUAUUUACACAUGUGGGUGUCUUUGCAAACAUGGGAGUCCAGUGUGUGAAUGUUGGGCAGGACCCAGCAGGCUAGGAUGAAUCUCAAUCCACUAUUUUCUAUAGGGCUUGGAUGUCUACAUGAGACUUGAUCCACCCCGUAUGAAGAAGCAGAAAUUCCCAACUGAGCUUUGAGGUUUUUAGCUGUUCCUGGAACCAAGUGUGAUUUACUCACGUGUGUAUUGUGGUUUGAGUAAAAAGGAUCUCUUCUGCCAUCUGUCCCCUUUCUGCUGCCUUCUGAGGGUCCAUAUAACACACUAAUUCUAUUUUGCUGCCCGUUUCAACCUUGCCCCUUUUGCAAAGCUUCUGACAUAAUCUGUGAUGAUUGCUUUCGUAACCCAGAAGGUUCCUUAUGGCUUCCUCAUAUCUUUCCACGGUACCUUGGUAAAACCAAGGUAUAUGUUCUCAGAUCAGGAAUCCCAAAUCUAAAGUAAUUUUUAAACGUUGAAAUCCCUGUUCCUGUAACUACUGCAGAUGUUUGCUUAUUACUAUAGUAUCUCCACCACAUUUAAUAAAUAUGUUAUCUAAAAAGUGCAUUCUUAACUCAGAGCAUUUCAUCCUGCAGUUUUGUGAGUUGUGCAGGGAUGAAAGAUUUACUUGGAAAUGUCCUGGAGUGGAGGCGAGAAGUUGGUGAACACAGAGGGCACGAUCUGGCUAAACACAACCACUUUAUCCUUUACUUAUUUAUUGCAAAAUAAAAAAAAUUCCUUCAGUAGCACCUUAAAGACCAACUAAGUUUUUAUUUUGGUAUGAGCUUUCGUGUGCAUGCACACUUCUUCAGAUACACUGAAACAGAAGAGCCAGACCCUU